CCGUACAGUGCCCUUGUCCUAUGACGCGCAUACUCUGACUGGGAUCACGCUUGCAUUUGCGGGGAACAUUGGCCUCGGUCUUGAUUGAGUUUAUAUCAGAUCUACCAAAAAUCUAAGUAAAAUGAUGGCAGCAAGGUUUUUGGUCCGUCGCGCAAUCCCUACUUUGAGACAAGUGCGGUGCUAUGCUGAUGCACCCGGUGGCGGACCGCAGAUGUCCUUCACAUUUGCCUCACCAACCCAGGUGUUCUUCCAAAACGCCAGCGUGAGGCAGGUUGACGUACCAACACUGACAGGUGCUUUCGGCGUCCUUCCAGCUCAUGUUCCAACUCUGCAGGUUUUGCGACCUGGGGUCGUCACUGUCUUCAAUGAUGACGGCUCUUCGGCAAAGUACUUCGUGAGCAGUGGCUCAAUCACGGUGAAUGCCGACUCCUCAGUGCAACUCCUUGCUGAAGAGGCUGUGACUCUGGAGAACCUGGAUGUCUCUGCUGCUAAGGCUAACUUGGAGAAGGCCCAGUCUGACCUACUCGGAGUGUCAGAUGAGGCUGCCCGUGCAGAGAUCCAGAUCUCCAUAGAUGCCAACGAUGCUAUCGUCAAGGCCCUGGAGUGAUGCACGUAUUCAACCAGUGGAUGUUGUGUUGGUGUUGUGGUUAAAAAGAAAAUCACCUGCUUUACUCUUGUUUUCCCAAGUCCUAUCCUGUCCAGUCCGCAACGACAAGCCACCAGGCCUGUUUUGUACAGUCAAUGAACUUACCAAUAAAUGUAUUUGGAAUUAUUCA